AUGGCGCCGCCCUCGAGGAACAAUCCAUCCACAUGGGACCAGUACGACGGCAUGCCCUCGCCCACCGGCAGCGUCUCGUCGAGCCCCUUUGCAGAGGACCGGCCGCUGCUCGAUGACGCUGAUGACGCUGACGAUGGAGGCGCGCAUCCCGGCGGUCGAGACAUUGACGGCGGCAGACGCCCUGCCGUCAGGCCCUCCGUCACCGACCGUCUCGCCGCCAUGGCAGACGUGGGCGGCGUAAACAGCUUCAGACGCUUCGCCCGCAGCUGGCAGCGCGCCGCCGCCUUUCCCGAGGUGCUCCCUCGCCGCCCGAGCCUCGUCUUUGCCCCCGGCCAGGACCAGCAGCAGCACCAGAUGGCCGGCGGCGGCGACGACGCCGACUUCUCGACGAGCCACGACGGCUUCGGCGCGGCUGGCGAGUCGCCGCGCAUGGGCAGCCCCCUUGCCGCCGGGUCGAGCAACAAUGUCGCCGAUUCGCACCACGGCAGACAUGGGGGGGAGGGGAAGCCUGUCGUCGACGAGGAGAUGGUAGUGCCCGGCGUGUCUGCCAACUCCAGCAUCUUUGGGACGUCUCCCUAUCUGGCGACGCAGUCCAUCAUUGGCAGCUACGGCUCGUAUCACAGCGGCGGCUACGGCACCAUGGGCGGGCCGUCAGUGGUUCGACGCCGACCUUCCAUCAUCCGGACGGCGGCGGGCCAGGCGGCGGAGGACGAGGUGGUGGCCGUCGUGGAGGAAGAGGACGCUGCCUACGGCGAGGAGCAGCCCAUCCUGGUCAAGGAGGUCAAGCAGGGCAACAAGGUCGUCCUGACAGUCGACGGCCAGAGCACCCUGCCGCAGUCCAUCUUCAACUCCAUCAACGCCCUCAUCGGCAUUGGCCUGCUGAGCCUGCCGCUGGCCUUUUCCAUGAGCGGCUGGAUCCUCGGCCUCAGCAUCCUCACGCUGACGGCCGCCGUCACGUCGCAUACCGCCAACCUGCUGGCCAAGUGCAUGCAGUACGAUGCUAGCCUCAUCACGUACUCGGACCUGGCCUACAUCUCGUUUGGCGCCAGGGCCCGCAUCAUCGUCUCGGCCCUCUUUACUCUCGAGCUCGUCGCCGCCUGCGUCGCCCUCUUCAUCCUCUUCUCCGACUCGCUCGCGCUGCUGCUGCCCGGCAUGGCGAGCGUCGAGGCGUGGAAGUGCAUUUGCGCCGCCAUUGUCCUGGUCCUCAACUCCAUGCCGCUGCGCUGGCUGAGUUACACCAGCGUCAUUGGCAUCUUUUCCACUUUUUGCAUCGUGUGCGUCGUCAUUGCUGAUGGCCUCCUCAAGACGGAGACCCCUGGCUCCCUGUGGGAGCCUGCUGCUACGCACCUUUUGCCCAAGAAUUGGCUGGCGGUGCCCCUGGCAUACGGCCUGAUGCUGAGUCCGUGGGGCGCUCACUCUGUCUUUCCCUCGAUCUAUCGAGACAUGCGCCAUCCUCACAAAUGGGGACGAGCUGUCGGCAUCACCUUUUCCUUUUCCUACGUCCUCGACACGUGCCUCGCCAUCGUCGGCAUCCUCAUGUUUGGCGACGGCAUCAGCGAUGCCAUCACCUCCAACAUCCUCAAGAGCUCCGGCUUCCCCGAGGGCCUGACCAUCUUCAUGUGCAUCUGCGUCACCGUCAUCCCGCUGACCAAGAUCCCGCUCAACGCCCGCCCGCUCAUCACCACCGGCGACGUCCUCUGCGGCCUGCAUGCCCCUCCUCCCCACCUUCAGCAGUCGUCGUCAUCAGCCGGCUUCAUCUUCACCUGCCAGCGCUUGCUCGUCCGCAUCGCCGUCGUCCUCGUCCUGCUCUUCAUCUCCAUCGUCUUCCCGGCGUUCGACUCCGUCUGCGCGUUCCUCGGCGCGGCCCUCUGCUCGCUCAUCGCCAUCGUCCUGCCCAUUGCCUUUUACCUCAAGCUCUACGCCAAGGACGUGGCGCCGAGGGAGCGCUUCGUGCUGCGGUGCCUGCUGGUGGUGUUUUCGGUGCUGGGCCUCGUCGGCACCGUGUGGACGUUUUUGCCAAAGGACUUGAUUGGCGUUUGAG